AUGAAGGAUGAUGGCUCUCACGAUACCAUCCAGGAUGAUGAAGAACUCUACGAUGAUCCGGUCAAGCUAGACGAGCCAAUUACGGAUACAGGCGACGUCAGCGAUUGCAUGAUCGAUGUCGGCGGCCCAAGUCAUCAGAAGGAAGCAGUAAAGAUGAAGAACGAUCUACAAGAUCCUAUAACAACCCUGGGGUCAAACAUGUUUGCGCAGAUUGCAGGGCUCUCUCAGUACAAAUUCGAGCGCGCGAGGGCUCGGCAAUGGGCGACGAGGGACAUCUGCUUCUUGGUCUAUGAUUACUCAGACGUCAAAAUCGAUGGAUUUGACAGCGACGAUGAGGAGGUUUACUCGAUGUCGAGAUUACGUCACAGGAACAGCUCAACGCAAUACAGACUGUAUUACAAGCUGAUCGAGAAAUGA